UGUAGGUAAUUGUUCUGUAGGCAAUAAUUUUUGUGUGCAAAUGAAAUGUAGAUAAGUUGAAUGUCAGCAAUCGAUACUGUAGGCAAUUAAUUUGUAGGCAAUCGGGACCCUCCCGAAUUUAAACAUGCAGCACAUAUUUUUUACUUAUUUCUCGGUAGCCACAAAAAAUAUCGAUGUGAUUCAAAGAAAACUAUGUUCUCCACAAUAUAUCCUGUUGGAAUUCAGAGUUUACAAUAAUACUGAUAUUACUAAUACUAUAAUAAAACUGUUAAUAACGAUUCGUUAAAUAAGCCGAGGAAGAGUGCGUACCUUUCGAUGUCGCUGACAGCCAUAUUACUAACAAUUACAUUUUUCACACAUUUCUCGACAACCAUCAUUUUUCAUCAGCCAGUUACAAUUUUAUACAAAUUGAUAUUGAUACAAAUUACAAUUUGCUCCUUUUUUGACGAGAAAACAAUGAAAUGCAUAUGGUUAAACGAUUUUGAAUAAUCAAUUUAGACAAAUCAUUUGUCCUCUUUUUUAAUCUUUUCCAUUGCGUGUAAACAAUCAGAAAUGAUUGAUUUAACAACAUUUAAUGCUUCAACUAAUUCUUGAAGCGUUUGAGUUGAGUUUUCACCCAAUAAUGCUUAUAAUUCGGCAUCUUCGAACUUUUUUAGUUCAUCUGAAGGUUUUUUGUCUUUCAAAUCAAGAUCACCACUUUUGAAUCAUCAAAACUGAGUACUCACGUGUUUUAUUAUUUAUAGAAAUGUCUAAGUUUUAAAAUGACCAACUUUCCAAAUAUCUUUGAUAGAUUUGCGGUUACAGCCAUAUAUGUAUAGUGAACCCUCAAAACUAAUCAAAACACCUAAUAUGAUGCGCCAUAUUAACUAUUAGCGGUCACAAAUACGGUCAGUUUCAAUAGCUUUGAAUAAAUAGUUCUUUUAUUGAAAUCCAUGUUUUCACUAAAACAUUGUUCAAUUGGACAUCCAUGAACAGUAAACAAACACUUUUGUUAUCUUAUAUUCAUAAAAUAAGUGAGCAAAAAUAUAUAAUUGUGUAAUGCACGAGCAGAAAUUGCUAUAUAACGAUUACGCCAUUACUCAGCCAUUACUAUGCGCUUACAUCAUCAGAGCGAAUGAUACGGGCAAUAUUUAUAAAUGUCUAAAGCGCACAGCGCUCUCAAUGAAAGUACUUCAAACUCAACAUAACCGACAGUACAUGUCACCGGGAAACAUGAAAAUUUGGAGAAUAAGAUUUGCACCAUUAAAUAUACCUCUUGAAAGAAGACUACAGACCUUGGCCGCCGCGACAUGGAUCUUCAUAAUAAAUUUCGGUAAUCACAUCAUAAUAAUUACCAUGGUUUAUCUUCUUAUUUACACGCAGAUACGCUACCUUGUUCUUCUGUAUUUUCUCUGGAUGUAUUAUGACUGGGACACUCGCAAUUGCAAUGGUCGAAGCCCUUCAAAAUGGACAGAAUUUCUAAGAAAUAAUGCAUUCUGGCGUUACUUUUAUAACUACUUCCCCAUGAAGUUGGUGAAGACGGUUGACUUAGACCCCACAAAAUCUUAUUUAUUCGUUUGCAUACCUCACGGUAUCAUAACAACAGGAAUAUCGACCGCGUUCGGAACGGAUAUACUGGAUUGUAGAAAAUUAUUUCCUGGACUGGAUAUACGUGUGAUCAUUCACCAUAAAUUGUUUGAAGUACCUGUUAUGAGGGAAUUCUUAAUUUCGAUUGGUUGCUGCUCUUCUAGCGUGGAAAGUAUCAGGUACUUGUUGUCAACACCGCCAGAGAGUCCAUUCACUGGAAGAGCCACAUUACUUGUAGUCGGCGGUGCUGCGGAAUUAUUCGAGGCGAAACCAGGCACAUAUCGUACCAUAGUGAAGAGGAGGAAAGGUUUCAUCAAAUUAGCGUUACAACAUGGCACAACGUUAGUUCCCGUAUUCACUUUCGGCGAAACGGACUUGUUCAAUCAAUUGCACCAGAAGGAAGGAUCAUUCUUUAGGCGUUUCCGGGAUUAUAUUUUUAAAUUAAAAUUAAUACCCACUAUAUUCUGGGGUAGAGGAUACUUUCAAUAUUCGUUCGGACUUAUUCCUAAUCGAACACCUAUCACCGUAGUCGUUGGAGGUCCUAUCGAGUUACCAAAAAUAGCAGAACCAACAGCAGAACAGAUCAACGAGUACCAUGAAAAAUUCAUACAACAACUGAUUAAACUAUUCGAGACGCACAAGUACAGUUAUUUGAAAGAUCCAGAGAAGAUUGUUGUCGAAUUAAUAUAAUUGAUCUGAGAUAUAGAAGUAUUAUAAAUUUACAGAAUAUUAAUGGACGUUCAAACCAUUAAAUAGUGAGUUUAUGCUCUUUUGAGAAGCUCAAACAAGAAAAAUUGUCAAUUGCUCGAUUUGGCUUCCGUACAGAAAAAGAAAUUCUACUCGUGUAGCUGAUUUUUUAUCUGUAUAUUAGAUGAAAACUCGAUUGUAAGAAAAAUCAAGAAAAAUUCUUUAAAGUAUUUUCAUCCACAGUCAAUUGAUCUCAGUUACUUCAAUCGAGGAGUAACGAAUAUUCAGACGAAUGUUUUCGGUUGUGAUAACAGAGAUAUCGUUUUUCGUUACCGAGAUUUUUCUCUCUCGUUUAGUCUUUAUUUUUUCACAUGAAUUGAAAUUUUUUUGUUACGUGCUGGUGCCAUAUCAUUCAUGAAUUUGAACAUGUUACCAACACGAAACCAUAGCUGCAUGUAUCAAAAGUUUCUUACGAAGCAAAUAAUAUUUUUCUCUGUAUAGAAGAAAAGGUUUCACUCCGAAAUCCGAAAGAGAUUUGCUUCUGCAACUUUUUCAAAACGAGCUUCGAAUGCAAGAAAAUAUAUGUUGAAAGAAUGUUUCUAAUGUGAAAUAUAAGUACGCUAUUAUUCCAUAAGAACACGUGUUUUGCUGCGUUUGUAUGUACUCUGGUAUAUUCACGUAAUAUUACAAAUAUUACAAAUAUCACAAAAAUAUUACCACUAUAUUGCAAUAUUAAUAUAAUAUUCGCGUGAUAUUGUAAUAUUACUGCAAUAUUUCAGUAAUAUUACGUGCUAUGUGGAAAAUAAUCUUAUUGCGAUUACUUUAAUAUUAAGUAUAUAGUCUGGAAGUAGAAUCGUAUGAAAAUAUGAUCAAAAGUUGAAAAGCAACACUUUGAAAGAUAAAUUUAUUUAUUUUAACUCAAGCAUUUUAUAAAAUACAAACAAUUAUUAUAAGAUAAUAAUAUAUUAUAUAGUGACUUAAUGAUAUACUAUAUAGAGUAUGCUCUAUUUAUUAUUAUUUUGGUCUGCCAAAAAUAAAAUUAUUUAACUCAUAAAUUUUAUAAAAUAAAAAUUAAAUUAAAUAAAAAUAAUAAGCAACAUAUAUAGUGACGGGGAUAUAUAGAACGGAGAAAACGGCAACAAAGUCCGCUCUCUUUUAAUGAGAACUGUUUUGACAACCGACAAGUGUAUCUACACGGCCGAUACACAGACGGCGUUGGUAUAGCGACGAUAAGAGACAAAAUGUGAAAUUAGUAAUUACAUAAAUACAUUUAAA